AUGAAUGGGGGAGCAGGAAGCCCGGCAGCUGGUCCUGUCAUGAGUCCUGUUAUGAGCCCCACUGGCGGGUUUAGCGCGAACCAUAUGACGUCUGGAAAUCCUAUGAUGUCUGGAAAUCCUAUGAUGUCUGGCUCACCAAUGAUGCCACGAAUGGCUCGACCGACUCAACCAUCUAAUUGGAAUUCCGCACCCGCUGUUACUAGUGCAAAGCCCUCAUUAAUGGAACGGAGGAAGAAAGCUUUUACCGGCACACUUUCUGGGGCAGGAGCUACUCCAGGUUCUAGCGGUCCUGUAGGCGAUGCACCCGCUGCCACUAAUGGUGCGAACGGUAGCAGACCUACAGGAGAUGGGAAAGGAUCACUGUUUGAUAAGUAUUCUGAAUAUGUGGAUGCGAAAACAGGAAGCUUGAAAUUUGCAGGAAAGGCAGUUCUACACAGCAAAGGGGUUGAUUUUUCAUCGGGAAGUAGUUUCAGCAUCUCGUUGGAUGAAGUAGACACUCUCGAAGAAUUAGGCAAAGGAAACUAUGGUACUGUCUAUAAGGUAGUACACAGGCGACCAAGAGGAGCGAUGAACGGAGAGGUGGUGCUGCCUGGAAAGCUCAAUUCACCAGUAUCAGUCUCCGGUUCACCCCCAACCUCCAACGGCGAAUUCAAAUCGCCAACUAUUGCUUCACGGGAAGGUGCGGGCACCACGAAUGUAGAGAUGGCUAUGAAAGAGAUCAGGCUCGAGCUUGAUGAGAAUAAGUUUGCCCAGAUAAUAAUGGAGCUUGAUGUGCUGCAUCGAUGCGUAUCACCUUUCAUCAUCGACUUUUACGGCGCAUUCUUCCAAGAGGGUGCUGUAUACAUUUGUAUGGAGUACAUGGAUGGCGGGUCUAUUGAUAAACUCUAUCGAGACGGCGUUCCCGAGGGUGUACUACGGAAGAUUACCUAUGCUACGGUAAUGGGACUCAAGACGUUGAAAGAUGACCACAAUAUCAUCCACCGAGACGUCAAGCCAACCAACAUCCUAGUUAAUUCAAGAGGAGAGAUCAAACUUUGUGAUUUCGGUGUCUCUGGUAACCUUGUUGCCAGCAAAGCCAAAACCAACAUUGGGUGUCAGAGUUACAUGGCACCUGAACGAAUUGCUACCGGCGGUAUCCAGGCUGCACUUGGAGGAUCUACGCCGGGAACAUACAGCGUGCAGAGUGAUAUCUGGAGUUUGGGUUUGAGUAUUUUGGAGUGCGCCAUGGGAUGUUAUCCAUACCCUCCUGAAACAUAUAACAACAUCUUCAGUCAACUUAGUGCAAUCGUCGAUGGUGAGCCACCAGACCUUCCAGAAGAAGGAUUUACCCCACAGGCCCGUGACUUUGUCCGAGGUUGCCUCAAAAAGAUUCCCGGAAUGCGCCCUGCAUACGCAAUGCUUCUUCGUCAUCCUUGGCUGGCGGAUCUUGGUCAGCCACCUACCAUUUCCGAGGAAGAAGAGGAUUCAGAACCAGCGCCCACUCCUGAGAAGGGGGACAAAGAGGUUCGCGACUGGGUCCUUGGAGCCAUCGAGCGACGGAAGUCUAGAAUCGCUUCUGGUGGGAAGGGACCCGAAUCCGAAAAGCCGGCACUCCACGCUGCUCCAUUGGACGCAGUUAUCACGCCUGCGAAGGAUGGAAAAACACCAGUGGACUCUGUUAUUGAGUCUGUUGGAAAACUCGGGUUGGCUGUUUAG